AUGUCAGUCGGCGGUCCUUGCCUUUGGUUGCCUUCGUUAUCUUCACCAGUGCCUUCGCCCCUAUCUGCAGUUUCUCAUCUCUCCCGGAAUAGCGAGGGACUCUCUUUGGGUAGAAAUAUCUCACCACGGCUAUCUGUGCAGACGAAAGAGGAGCCUGGCGUUCCUGUGCACGUUCCCGCCCGUCCUGUGGAGAUGCAGCCUGCUGGUUAUAAGGCUGAGAAUGCCUUGAAUAACCCACAGCCUGUCAUGGGUUCAGCGCCGUACUUGGGGAGAGAUGUCUCACGGGAGACGGUCAACCACCGGUUGGAGGCGGCGAAACAGGAUAUGCUUCCCCGUGUCAAAUUGGAGAUUCCGAGUCUGAAUCAGCGGGGGUUUUUGUCUGCUCAGCCGCUGGUCGGGCACGGUCAUCCUGAAGAGAUGGGUGUUUCAUCGUUUUCAGGCCAUGACCCGAGAGACGACCAUGAGAGAGAAUCGACACUCAGUCCUGAUGACGAUAAAGAUAUGAUGGGCAGUGAUGACAAUAGAUCGCCUUCCAUGGAGAAGAAGAAGAUGAAGCGUUUCCGUUUAACACAUAACCAAACCCGCUUUCUGAUGAGUGAGUUCACUCGCCAAGCACAUCCCGAUGCGGCUCAUCGGGAACGUCUGUCGAGGGAAAUCCCUGGGUUGACCCCGCGUCAAGUUCAAGUCUGGUUCCAAAAUAGGCGAGCAAAGCUCAAGCGUCUCACUACCAAUGAUCGGGAGAGAAUGCUCAAAUCUCGGGCCCUUCCUGACGAUUUCGAUACAACAAAAGUUCUGCGCACGCCCUUCGAGGGCAAACAAUCAGGUGUCACGCCAGUGGCAUCUCCGCAAGGCUACGCCGCUCCAAAUCCAGAUUUCGGAUCUUUGAGAACUCUGCGUACCGAUUGUUACCCCCGACCAAAUGAAGACGAUUAUCUCGUUUCGCCUCUCAGCUCCGCAUCGACAGCAGGCACCUACAUGUCCUCAACUGGACGAAAUGACAGCCUAUCUCAGUCGAACAUGAUGUUCCGUCCGGCUGCAUCUGCCUCCAUGUCCGAUUUACAUAGAACCAUCCGCAAUGAUUACCCAGUCACCAGAUCAAGCAGCUUGUCUGAUGCAUCGGCCAAUCCGUCAGCAUAUGCGGGGUAUCAUAUGCACAACCGCUUCGCGGGGCCACAGCCAAAUCAGCCAGGUCUGCCCUAUAUGAGACGACCCCUAGAAUACGCUAUACCCCGUCAUCCAGGUAUGGGGCCCUAUGAUCAACAUCAAUCGUUCGAAGGCUCGGUGUCACCAACAGACACUCAAGGCCCACAUAUUACCUACGAUAUGAACAAUCUUGGCCCCCAACAACAAAACUACAACCUUGGAAUGGGCUCUCAAUUACCAACUCAAGGCCGACCGAUGGCCGCCAUGCAGAACCUGCCAGUCUCGGCAGCGCAAGAUUAUCGGCCCUAUCCUUACGACGCUCCCGCAGGCCCAAUGGGCACACCAAUUCCCUACACGCAAGCAAACGCCUCGACUCUAAGUCUCCCAACUUCGGAGCCGUCUUACAACUACCCCAACUAUAUUCAGCAGUGA